UACGCAAAUCAAAAUCAUUUGACGCAAUACAGCAAAAAUCGAGGUGGUGUUUUAUGUUUUACUGCAAUCGUGUUGUAAUAGUUUAAUAAAAAAAUAUGGAUAGAUUUUAUGAGGAUAGCAAUGAUGUGUCGACUAUAUUUUUCGACUUGGAUAACACAUUAAUUCAAACAAGAAAAGGCGAUAGCAAGGCCUGCAAUAAGCUCGUUGACGUGCUAGAGCACCAGUAUGGCUUACCCCGGGACGCGGCUGCCGAGAGCGCAACCACUUUUCUCCGCGCGUUCAGGGCCAGGCCUGAUGACGACACCUACGCCAUAGACGAAUGGCCCACGCACCUCUGGCGGAACUCGCUGCCCAAAAACUAUAGGCAUAUUGCCAAAAAUGUAUCAGACGAAUGGUUAAAAUUAAGGUUUCAUUAUUUAACAUUGACCCCCGAUGUUAUAGAUCUAUUAGAAACACUGAGGGAGGAUUAUCUGCUCGGUCUGAUCACGAACGGGCCCUCGCGAGCCCAGUGGCAGAAGAUUGAGCGUCUUGGACUGAGGAAGUACUUCGACUGUUUGCUGGUCUCCGGGGACCUGCCCUGGGAGAAACCUGAUCAAAACAUAUUUCUGGAAGCUUGCAAGCUUUUGGGUGUUGAAGCCAGGACUUGCAUCAUGGUUGGGGAUAAACUAGAAACAGAUAUAAAGGGUGGAAAAGAAGCUGAAUUGGGGGGUACGGUCUGGAUUCCACUGCAUUCUGACGAAAUGGAAUCCGACCUUCCCGACUUCACGAUCCAGAAUGUCACAGAACUACCAGAAGUUCUGCCAAACUCGCCGAAAUUGAAGAGAUCGCCGCAGACGUCGAAAAUAUGUUGACGGUAGGAACUUUAUUUUAUACUGUGGCACUCACUGGAUAGUGCGUAGUGAAUGACGUAGUUAUCUACAAAUGUAUACAAAGAAUUGUAAAUCGUCGAACGUCACCGAAAUUGUGAAGCAAUUGCUUUUAAACAAACUAAUGUUUAGUUUGUCACUAAAGUUGCAAAAGUGACUAAUGUAUAUCAAACGAAUAUCGUCAAUUGGACUAAAAUAACUAAUAGUUAUUUAAUUACUGGGUCAUUGUUAAUAGGUUAAAUUGUUAAUAAUAAAUUUGCCAAGUUGGCCAGACAAGCCUAAUCGCAACUUAAUUUCAAACUACGCAAAAUGACUUGCUCAAUUAGACUAUUCUUUUGGUUGAAUCAAUAUGUAUAUUAAAAUUACCGAUUUGGUCAAACAUUGUACUGAAAGUUUAGCUCAAGCUUGCCAUUUUGUAAUGAAAAAAAAAAAGAAAUAUCAUUAUCUAGUUUGGUAGAUAGAAAAAUAUCAUUUUUUUAUUUAAUUUUUCGACGACUUUUUUUUUUGUAUUUAGUGAAACAUGUAAAGAAAGAAAUAUUAUAGUAGGUACUUUGGUUUGUUACUUGUGUAAGUUAAAAAACCUUUAUUUUUUAAGCACAUGAUACUUUUAGAAUCGUCCUUCAUAAACUACACUAUGUAGAUAUAGAGGUAAAAUUUGUUUGGAAUCUGCAGAUUAGUUUAUUUAAUCAACGACCUACUUAUGUUACCUUAAGUAAAAUUAGUGUUACUAUUUAUAAUGGUGCUAUUAAAAUUGUAUUCAAAACGUAAACUAAAUUUUUUAAUUAGGUAUAUCUUAUUAAUUGUCCUUACGAACGGGAUUUCUUAUUUUUUAUUUAUUUGAGAGUAGAAAUACACAAAAGUUUAAUUAAGUCUUUUUAGUUUAGUAUUUGAAUAAAAUAGCACUUGUGUUACCAAAACUAAAAUUAGUUUAAUCAUUUAUUUUGUAGACUUCUAUAGAUAAUAGUUGUUUACCACAAACAAACAUAAUGUAAAUACUGUUUAUUGACACUACGACGUCUACAAUCUGCCAAGUUUAUUUAUAAAGCUUUUAUGUGCAAAUGCAUUCCAUCCGAAAUUUCGAACGCACUCGCUAUAUUUUUACGAUAGUCGUAAAUUUUGUCAACUUUACCAUAGAAUAUAUUCUAUUUAUCGUGAUAUGUUUAAUGCCUAAAUGACACCCGCAUCACUAGGUCAUAAACCGCGCCUUUGUUGGCAAACCUUUGCUCACUUAGUGGAAAAAAGUGUUUUGAAUUUAGAACGCUUCGAAUCAACAUUUUUAAUUUCAUUGACUGAAACCCGAAACCUCUAAAAACUGGCGAUAUUGUAUCACUUUAAUUCAUAAAAAAUAUAAGUGUCCCUUAUUAUUGCUAUUUCAAAAAUGUUCAUGCUCUUAAAACUUAAUUUCUUACAUCUAUUUUGAACAUUGAUCGUUAGUGAGAUGAAUAUUGUAUCACGAGAGCAAAAUAAAUUGUUUCUUGUGCAUUUGAAUCCCUGAGUUUGCUCAGGAUUUUUGCCUUUGCCUUCUUCAAUUAUAAAAUCGUUUUCUUGAUAGGGAUUCAAAAUAAGCAGUUACUAUUCUUUGUUUAUUUUAUUUAUUAGGUUGUUUUUUUUUUUUGUUGCGCGAAUAAAUACGAGUAUAUCAAUGAAAAUAAUUUAUGAGCAAUUAUAAUAUACUUGUUAAUUUUUACAUGUUAUAUGAAAACUGUUAAGUUUAAAGACAAAUAUCUUAAUACAUUUCUUAAUUCAAAUAAUUUAUCGCACGCCUGUUGAAGGUAGACUUCCUAGUUAGAACAUAUGUCAUUUUUAAUAAGGAAAAGAUUCAUAAGAAUAAAGAAUAAAUAUAUGAAGCAUUUUUAUGAAGUUUCUAUAGUUUAUAUUAAACAAAUAUGUAUAACCAACCUUGUUUAUUCUAAGGGUACAUUCACAUAAGCCGUGAUGAGCCGCGCGGCUUUAUAAAUACACUAAUAUCAAAUUAUAAUCAGGAAACAGUACCUUAUGUAGGUCAUAUAUCAUCUAAUCUCAAUUUUACUUUUUAACUCAUACUUAAAAAAAAAUAUUAAUUAAAUACCACACUUGAAGUACAAAACUGAUUAAUUUGCAGUACAAAUUUAUACAUGUACCUAUUAAAUUCUUAUCUUGUCCCAUACAAGGUAUUUGAGGCUGAACAUAUGUAUGUUAUUUCAAACGAUUUAGUUCUAUUUUUGUAUUAUUUUUACACUGCUAAUUUAAUUAUUAUAUAUUAAAACUGAAAAUUAGCACGUAUUAGUUAUAGUUUUUACUCACGCAUUUAGAAUUUGCUAUAAGUCACGUACCUAACUCUAAUUGCACUUUUCCAGUCCUUUUAACUAAAAAUAUAUGCCCCAAAAUGAAAUACAUAAGCGGAAUAAUUUAAAUAAGUUUGAAUUAAAUAAAGUUUGGCAAUUAAACAAAAAAGUUCUGGGAAACGUUGGAAAAAUACUUUCUAAAACAUUAUUUUUAUAUACUUUGACGAUUGCCGAUGAAGAUUAUGGUUUCAUAGCCUAUUUAGAGGUAUAACGCCCCGUAAUCUAAGAAUCUCCAAAACAAACAACUGUAUAAUGUUUUAAACAACAAAUAUAUCGAUGAAAUUUGAAAUGCAAAAAUCGCGCAAAAUGAUUCUUUUUUUUAAAUCAGUAGAUGGCGUUAUAACGAAAUACUUCUCUGGAAAUAACUCCUUGUUUUGGUGUAGCCAGUGCUUGUUAUGAAUAAUUUGGUUUUCAGUACGUCUUUGAAGUAGCUGACACUUCUACGUACAGCGUUUAAUCGAUUAUCUAAAGAAAAUUCCUAUUAUUGGUCUAUAGGCGUUACUAAUAAACGUUGCUUAGUUAUUUAUAUAGUAUAAAAAUCUUCUAUAUAGUAUAAAAGUCUUUAUAAAAAAAGUUAUACACCGAUGUCUCUUUUUGUCAAUUUAAAAUAUGAAAGAAGAAGACAAAAAAUAGCUACGUAACGUUUGUUAGUACGUAAUAUUUGAAACAGAGACGUAACGUGCAGGGGUAAUGUCUGCUGAGAAACUUCCAAAUAUGUUACUUAAAAAGAUAGUUCUAGUUUACGUUUAAGAAAUUUGAAAACUGUUAGCUUACCUGUAGCUCGAUGGGGGAAAACAAUUUGUUACCUUUUUUAAUGCCUAAAACACAAAUAUACUUUAGCAAAAAUCGAAAUUUUUCCUAAGCUGUUUUGAUUAUUUUUAAUUCCUUCAACAAUGAAACA